AACCCAUCUGAUUUUCGUACAAUCGUCGUCGAAUGACACCAACAAACAGCUCCACGCCGAGUCUCGCGAGCCACCGCUUCUCAAGCCAGGUACCUAUAAGAGCUCGCGUUGAAUUUUGUGUGCAGACAGUGGUGCGGCGCGUUUUGAAUGUGGUACGCAGGUCGGUGCGGACAUGUCGCGUUCUUGGGACUCUUUCGCGCAAUUAAACUACUGUGAGUGCUGUCAAAUACCUAUAGAGCAGCGUGUGCACUAGGAUCGGUACUCGUACGAUCACAUUGCCUAAGCAACCGCACGGCCAGCGUCUGUGCAGAACUGGAACUACGCACCGCGCUGAGCGCGCCACAAUAAUGGACCAAAAGACAAUAAACAUGAUCAUUAUGUCCGAUGACCUGUCGAACAUUGUGUCCGCGAUCGUGGUGCUGAUUUGUUUUUUUGGUAUGAUAUUGUUUAUAACAAGUUUCUGGAACGUUGAGGACGUGUGGAGUUUGUGUGAAUUUAGAGGUCUUCCGGCGAGAUUCUGCAAUAACUCGACAGAUAGGAACAUGAUGGUGUUGCGGGUACACGGCGACGAUUUGGUUUUCCACGGACCCCUGCAUCAGGUCUCACCGCGAAUUCCGCAAAUGAACAUGAUGAAGGUUCAUAUACCGUUUACAUUUAAGCUGUUGGAGACUUCUAAAUCUACAUAUUCUGAAAUACAAUAUUCAGUAUCCAGUCAAGUAAAAUACAGCGUUCAGGUUUUCUGGGGAGUUAACAUCAAAGAAUUGCACGUUUUUCUCUGGAGACCUUGGUCUGCACUUCGAGAAAUGGCUCUUAAUGGAACUCUACUUAAAGGGCACUAUCAACAACCAGGUCUAACGUUGCAAAAAUUAGUCCACACAGAUGAAACGGUUAAGUUAAGCCUUCCAGCACCACUGGACCUCGGCACUCCUCCGAGACUUUGCUACCCGCUGGUGAUAUUUCUAAUGCGAGUAGAGCCAGAGGGCGAGUUGCAUCCGGACGAAACUGUAGCGUUGAUCAACGUCGUUCACAUCAAGGAUUCGGUUUGCACCCUGCCAACGAGCAUCCUCGCGCAGUAUCUCAAACAAGCGAACGGCCAAUUAUCCUGUCUCAAACAACUGUAUUUGGCGACGGGUAAUCCAGGUGGUUAUGACGACGACGCGCAUAUACCUCUCACACUCGCUGAACCGGUGGGAGGUGGCGGAUUGGGACAGGCGAUGGUCUGUCCGUCUGGGGAUGAGUCUGGGGGUGGCAUGUGGAAUACAAGUGGUGAGCAAUUGUGCGUGGUGUGUCAAUUUUUUCCAUUGUCAAGGGCGCUUCUUCCAUGCCGACAUACGUGUAUUUGCGCCAGCUGCUUUGACAAGUUGGAGAGAUGCCCAAUGUGCCGUGGUCCUAUUAGAAGCUACUUCUGCAUCCGUAGUGAGGAGUACAUGCCGAUGCAAUCGUCGAAAACAGUUCCCGAACACGGCCCAAUCUACAACUGGUUGGACAAUCUCAACGAUCGCAUCAUUGACUUUCUCGGCUUUCAGAGAUAACAUCCAUAACACCAUUAACAACCACCCACCGCUGCACACCGAUCCUCUUCGAACGAUGUCAAAUUUGUACUUAUGCUAAAUUAGAAUGAAACUUAUGUGAUUACUACCUUACUAUUUCACUAUGAAAAUGAUUCAUUAAUGAUUUGAUUAUGGCGUUGAUUCCUAAUCGAUUAAGCGAAAUGUAAACGCAAUGAGAACGAAAUGUAACUUUCGUAUAGUUUAGCAUGUAUUAUAUUUUAUUAUUUAUCUGACUUAAGCCUGUGAUAAUGUAAAUAAAAUUGGUAUAUAUGAUAA